AUUUUGAGUUGUUGGGUUACAGGCGAAGAGAAAACAGUUAUGGGUGCCUUUAAUAGAGAAAGCUGUGGCUAAAAUCCAUGGGUGCUACGAAGCGUUGGUCUCCGGGCGUGCCAUAGAGGGGUUGGCUACUCUCACAGGAGCUCCGUGUGAGAGUGUGCCACUACAGCCAAGCUCUCUACCGUCAGAGGAUGAACUGGACAAGGACCUGAUCUGGGCACAGUUGCUCAGCUCUAGACUGGCCAGGUUCCUGAUGGGGGCAUCCUGUGGCGGGGGCAACAUGAAGGUGGACGAGGAGGAGUACCAACGGCGGGGGCUGCGGCCCAGGCAUGCUUACUCGGUGCUGGACGUAAGGGACCUGAACGGUAUCAGGCUGGUGCGACUCAGGAACCCCUGGGGUCACUACUCGUGGCGAGGUGACUGGUCUGACGACUCCAACAUCUGGACACCUCAGCUGCGGGAGCUGCUCAUGCCUCACGGGGCAUCGGACGGAGUUUUCUGGAUCUCCUUCGAGGAUGUUCUCAAGUACUUUGAUUGCAUAGACAUUUGCAAAGUGCGGUGGUCAGGAUGGAAUGAGGUACGGCUGCGAGGCACACUGCCCCCUCUCUCCUCCCUCAGCCACUUGUCCUGUGUGCUACUCACGGUGCUGGAACCUACGGAAGCAGAAUUCACCCUCUUCCAGGAGGGCCAGAGAAAUUCGGAGAAGAGCCAAAGGUCCCAGCUGGACUUGUGUGUAGUUGUGUUCAGGACCAGGUCCCCUGCCAGCCCAGAGGUGGGCAGACUGGUAGAGCACAGCAAACGACAGGUCCGUGGCUUUGUCGGCUGUCACAAGAUGUUGGAGAGAGACCUUUAUAUCCUCGUUUGUCUGGCUUUUAACCACUGGCAUACAGGGAUAGAAGAUCCUGCCAACUACCCCCAGUAUGUGCUGGCGAUUCACAGCUCCAAGAGACUACUGGUGGAGCAGGUGUCACCCCCUCCCUUCGUGCUUGCCGACGCAAUCAUCAGCCUUACUUUGGCGAAAGGCCAAAGACAUGAGGGCCGAGAGGGUAUGACAGCUUACUACCUGACCAAGGGUUGGGCUGGACUCGUGGUGAUGGUGGAGAACAGACAUGAGAACAAGUGGAUCCAUGUCAAGUGUGAUUGCCAGGAGAGCUACAAUGUUGUGUCCACGAGGGGCCAGCUCAGGACUGUGGACUCCGUACCUCCUCUACACAGGCAAGUAAUUAUUGUCCUGACCCAGCUAGAGGGCAGCGGUGGGUUUUCAAUAGCCCAUCGUCUCACCCACCGGCUGGCAAACUCUGGCGGACUGCACGAUUGGGGCCCGCCAGGCAGCAACCACUGCCCGCCUAUUGACAAGCAGGUGGAGGGCCUCCACUCUCCCCGCCUCAUCACGUAACGCUGGUGGCCGUACUGCACAUAGUGGUGCUGAACUCUACUUGUGAUAUGUACAUACAUCUUGUCGCCAUAUUUUAACAGUUUUGUAAGUCAAGUGUGUUGCUACCAGUUAUUGUUUAGCUUACGGUAGUCACAUAUAAGGCACACGUGCACAACUAGCAGCCGAGGAAUCUCGAUAAAACAUAUGUUGUUGUUAUCAUUGGUUUUCUAUUGUUAAACAAUUAAUUUAGCACAGCUGGUCUGUCUAUCAUACCUCUGGGUGCAUGUUUCUUCCAUUGUAUUUCCUUUGCCAAAUUGUUGGACAUAACAUAAUAACAGGUUUGUAUUGCACUUAUGUAAUAUUAAAUUAUUGUAUUGAUCUCUCUAAUUAAUGUUGUAGCAUUUUGACCAAAAUAUUACUUUUAUGAAUUUUAUUUAUAUAUUUUUGCUUUUAU